AUGUCGCGGGUCAAGCGUUUAAAGGUCAUCAUUAUGCUCAGUGCUGGAGGCAUUGCCACAGCAGCAAGCAUUGUCCGCAUGAUUUUAGUACUUCAACUUGAAAACUCUAACGACGAAUCGGCAGAUUUCAUCCAAUUCAACCUUCUCGGUAUUGGCAGUGGCGGAAAUAGCUUCGCUCCUCACCAGAUCGAAAUUCUCGCCGGACACAAGGUUCAGGUCCAGAACUUGGUAGCAAAUAUAACCUAG